GUCCUGCUGCUGCUGGGCGAGGAGGACGAGGACGAGGAGGGCGCGGGCCGGAGGCGCAGGGCGCGCGGGCGGCUGGCCGAGAAGCCCCGAGGGGGCGCGGAGGAGGACGACGACGACGAGGAAGAGGACGAAGAGGUGGUCGUCGAGGUGGUGGACGGCGACGAGGACGACGAGGACGCGGAGGAGCGCUUCGGGCCCCUCGGACCCGGCCGUGCGCUUCCCAAGGGCCCGGCCCGGGGAGCGGCGAAGGUGGGGAGUUUUAAGAGAGAAAUGACCUUCACAUUUCAACCAGAGGACUUAAGACGCGAGUCCAGCAAGAAGACUUCUCACCACUUGUUCCCACUGGCCAUGGAGGAAGACGUGAAAGCAGCCGACACCAGAAAAGCCAACCGGAUCCUUGACCAAGAAAAAGAAAACACUCGAUCCAUCUGUCUCCUUGAGCAGAAGCGGAAAGUGGUUUCCUCUAAUAUCGACGUCCCUCCUGCAAGAAAGUCUUCAGAGGAACUGGACAUGGACAAGGUGACCGCAGCCAUGGUACUAACCAGCUUGUCAACUAGCCCUUUGGUCCGAAGUCCUCCGGUGCGGCCCAAUGAGGGCCUCAGCGGGUCCUGGAAGGAGGGCGCACCCUCCAGCAGUAGCAGCAGCGGCUAUUGGAGCUGGAGUGCUCCCAGCGACCAGUCCAACCCGUCCACACCCUCGCCGCCAUUGUCCGCUGACAGCUUCAAGCCCUUCCGUAGCCCCGCGCCACCUGACGAUGGCAUCGAUGAGGCCGAGGCCAGCAACCUGCUCUUCGACGAGCCCAUUCCCAGGAAGAGAAAGAACUCCAUGAAGGUGAUGUUCAAAUGCCUUUGGAAAAACUGUGGCAAGGUGCUGAACACGGCAGCAGGCAUCCAGAAGCACAUCCGGGCCAUCCACCUCGGGCGAGUUGGGGAAUCCGACUACAGUGAUGGAGAGGAGGAUUUCUACUACACUGAGAUCAAGCUCAACACGGACUCCAUGUCUGAGGGCCUGGCGCCGGUUUCGCCCUCGCAGUCCCUGACCUCACCUCCCACAUUUCCUGUCCCAGACUGCAGCCGAACAGAAGCGCCUUGUGCCAAAACAGACCCCAAGCCGAUGACGCCGCUGAGCCGCUCAGCCCCGACCACCCUCUACCUCGUGCGCACGGACCAUGCUUACCAGGCCACGCCCCCGGUGACUAUUCCAGGGUCUAAGUUCACCCCCAACGGCAGCAGUUUCAGCAUUUCCUGGCAGUCUCCUCCAGUUACGUUCACCGGCAUUCCCGUGUCUCCAACACAUCCCCACCCAGUGGGCUCAGGAGAGCAGCGACAGCACGCUCACACGGUCCUGUCCUCCCCGCCCAGAGGGACAGUCAGCCUAAGGAAGCCCAGAGGUGAAGGCAAAAAGUGCCGCAAAGUUUAUGGGAUGGAAAACCGGGACAUGUGGUGCACCGCCUGCCGCUGGAAGAAGGCGUGCCAGCGCUUCAUCGACUGAGCCACCCCUGCCCCACUCUCACGACAGGUGGGAGAAAGCCUCUCCUUCCAAAGGAAGCCAUUCAAGGCCCAGGGAAAGCCUUUCCUGGAAUUCUGGGAAUAUAAUUCCAUGGUGGAAUUAAAGCAAAAAAAAAAAAAAAUCUCAGCACCUGCACUGCUCUGAGAGCCCAGACAAGAGCAGCAAAAGUGACUUUUUCCUUCAAAAGAAAAGUAACUUUGCUUACUCUCCGUCUAGUCUUAAAACUGGACUUCCAUAGCAACCUAACCAACCAGGCCAUUUUACCUAGAAAGAUUUUGAUAAGCUUUCUGAAUUGUGGUAUUUUCAAGGGGUUUUGACACGUAAACAUUCAUAAGCUACAUGAUAUUAGCUAGCAUUUGUACAAAGGAUAACCCACCUUGUGAAUAGGCGUCUCCCUGUUUUCCAGCCAGCUGCUUGGAACAAUCUGGAUCAUGAUGUAUUUGAAGAAAGAGCUGCAGUCUG